AUGGAGGCCGAGGUGGCGCUGCCACCAACGGACGGGGGAGGAGCACGAGGGCCGGAUGGUGGGCCUUCGGUGAUUAAGAGAUUCAAACAAACCAAACGCUCUUUCGCAGAAACCUUAGGGGAGCGCACAAAUCUGGGAACUGAUUUCCAGGUAUGCAAUGAAGAGAUCAACUGGUUCGACGAUGACUUCACGAUCGAGCCGGACAAGGACGAUUACCCGGCCGCCAAGAUGGAAGGUGUCCCAGUGGUUCGUCUCCCAAAAGCACUGAGAGAAGAACUCAUAAAGCCUUGGAAAAAUGCGCUUAUUGUUAAGCAUCUAGGGAAACCAGUCGGUUUCUCGUUAUUCCAACAACGCAUGACUCGGAUCUGGAAUCUCCAGGGAAGAGCGGAAUUCAUAGACAUCGGUAAGGGGUGGUAUGUUCUUCGUUUCCAACUUCAAACAGACUGUAUGCAUGUCCUGGUUGAUGGACCAUGGAAACUUUUCAACAACUACGUGGUGGCUCGCAGAUGGAAACCAAACUUCAAUCCCUCUCGUGAAAAGGUUGAGAAAAUGGCUGUUUGGGUGAGAUUACCGGAAUUUCCGGUGGAACUAUUUAGAGAGGAUGUGAUCAAAUUGGUUUUGCAACAAGUAGGCACACCGUUGAAGAUUGAUAAUACAACGGCAGGAGUGGAGCGGGGGAACUUCGCCAGAGCGGCGGUGGAAGUCGACAUCUCAAAGCCCCUGGUGGCUUUAGUUCAGGUUCACGAGGAAAUCCAGAAAGUAGAGUAUGAAGGUCUCCAUAUCAUCUGUUUUGAUUGUGGAGAGGUGGGGCAUCGUACCUCAGCCUGCCCAAAAAACAAAACUUGUGAUGAGGAGAAAGCUACGGGGGACAAUGCAACUGAUGGCCAAGAAUCUAUGAACGUAGAUAAAAGGCAGGAGGAGAUCCCAACCAAACUGCAUGGAUCGUGGAUGGGCUUAGGUGGACUAGUUGAUGCGCCAAUUGUUGUCGAGGACACACCGAGACGAAGAAGAGGCGCACAGAGUUCCAACCGCGUUGGUGGUCCGGUUACGGUCCUCCAAAAUUCCAAUCAGAGAGGAAAAAAACCUCCUAAAAAAACGGGAGGUGCGAACAUAGAGGAUGGAAGUAUGGUGUCCACUGAUACCUACACGUUCAAGGACCAAAUUUUUGUGUUUGGGGAGCUCCCAGAAGGCAACACAUCUGAUGGUGUCCAGACUUUGACUCAGGUGACGCGGAAGGAAGGCGAUAAUAAUUCUUCCUUGGCUUGCCCGAUGUCUCAAUGA